AUGGCGAGCACCACGGAGACGCCCAGAUCACCGAGCAAGCGAGAGCUGCUCGAGCGAGAGCUGCCGGGCAUCCUGCAGAUCAGCGAGGCGACCAUGGAGGCGAAGCUGGCGAUGCUGCGUGGCAAGGUGGCGCAGCCCAUCCAGGGCCAGGACACCUGCCCGUCCCAGGUGGGGGAGGGCCUCUUCGUGGGGAACAAGAGGCACGCCACGGACGUGCGCACGCUGGUGAGCCUGGGCGUCACUGGAGCCAUGAACUGUGCACCCACCGGCAUCAGCUCUCUGAACCUGGACAUGUACACUGCCCACGGGAUCGCCUACGGAUACACGAAUGUGAGCCAGGACGAUUACGCUUAUCCGAUCCUUCAUGAUCGUGAGGGCCAUCGGUCGGAACAUUUGGAGACCGCUAAGUCCUUCUACGACCGCGUGCGGCAAGCAGGGGGCAACGUGCUCUUCUUCUGCGUGGCGGGGCAAAACCGCUCGGCCGCUCUAGCGGUGGCUGUGCAAAUCCUGGGGGGGAAGAAGCUGGAGGAGAUCCUGACAGUUUGUUCGAAGUGCCGGCCCUUCAUCCUGGAGAACGUCGGCUUCCAACGUCAGCUGGUGGAGCUGGAGAUCAUCGAAGAGCGGCUCAGGGGCAAAGAGCCAUCGCCGCAGCUACGGCCAUUGCCCGACCCACCCAAGGGCAAGCGGCUGAAGGUGGAGACCUUCCCAGACUCCCACCACGUGGAGGUGGAGCUUCUGGUUUCGGGGGUCUGUACCAUGGCGGCGGUCAUCCCUGUCGAAGCAAGUAUCCUUACUGUUCGACAGAUCCUGAACGAUCGUGUCAACUCGUACCUGACGUGCGAGAAGAAGUGUGUCAUUGGCAAGUCCUGGAUGAUGUUCACGAUGUUCGGGUUGCCUCCGGAGUUCGACCUGGUGCUCGAGGAGGCAGCCGUGGAGGUGGGCGUUCAGAUCUCACGCCUGCAGUCUACGUUCGGGUUGGAGAUCGUGAAGACCAAUGGCGACGCACUUGGUGCUAGCACAAUCAUCUGCUGGAAUUCGCGCUGUCGCUUUGAGCUGGCGAUCUUCUCCGUGCUGAAGGAAGGAAAGGAGGCGCACGAGCCCUUCACGUUCCGCCAUGAAGAGCGCCCCGGCGCUCCGGGGACCCUGCUCGCCGAGAAUUUCUUGGACACGAAUCUACGUGCUUGGGACUUCACAUCAGGAGAGGCGUUCCGCUCGACACAUCCGAUAAUCUUCAGCUACUCUGAUGACCCCCGUAGCAAGCGCGACUUCAUGAACAUCUCGACCAGCAAGACGGAACGACAGCAGUUCGACCACCCCGGGGAGGGCGGCAUUCUGGGCAUGGGGGCCAACGCCAUCGUGCAUCGAGUCGAGUUGGAAGCGGUGGAGAAGGACCCGGAACCCGUGCGAAGGGGUUUGAGGCUGCGGCGCCUGAGCUCCGACCACUCCUUCGAGCGGCGCUGGGAUGCGGCGGUGAAACGGCCCUUCAGCCUCUGGAAGAUGCUGGCAUCCAUGGAGCACAAGUCUGAAGCCGGCGUGGCCAAAAGGUUGCGCAUGGCUGGUGCCCUCAACAAACAGGGUCGGCUUCUGUACUUCUAUGGCCUGGGAAUAGCCCUGGCCUCCAACAACAACAACCACGACGAGUACAAGUUCGAGGUGACCUUGCUCUCGCAGUACCAAGAGGACUUCUCAUCCUACACUUUGAAGCAGUUCAUGGACGACUACACGAAGGUGCUGGUGUCAGGCGACCUGUCGCCGGAGGAGCAUUGGCGCAUCAAGGACAUGCAGUCCAAGUUCUCUUUGAUCAAGGUAAAGGUGCUCCUUGUGAGCCUUCUGAAUGGUUUCAGAGAUCUGACGCUUAUGGGGGUGCAGGCGUUCGACUUCAACCACAUGAACAACGUGUUGGUUUCCAGAGAUUGCAGGAAGGCCCGGCUCAUCGACAUCGACGGAGACAGCAAGGGCUCGAUCCAGUUCCCUUCCGAGUACAUCCAGGGGUCGCGAGGCCAAGAGGAUGAGCCGGAGGACCUGCACAAGCCAGCGUUAGACGUCGACUUGUCGACGAUGUUGCCCCUUGUGAUCCAGCAUCUCAUCUGUGGCAAAGGCCGCGGCACAACGUUCGUGACAAAUCUCAUCAGCAAGGUGAGGCGAGUGGGAACGGAGUCCGAGGAGGAUGCCAAGGGGCUGAUCCGCGGGAUCGUUCAGGAGGAUUUCUUUCCGAAGCUUCCUCGCUGUCCAGCUGAGAGGGAGCGCAGCGAGAAGCAUCUUGCCAAGGUUGUAGAGUGGUUCUAUGCCCUACUGAUGCGGAGGUCUCCCUGGACCACUUGGACCAACGACAUUUACGAUGCAAUGCGCUGCAUUGACCACUUGCCAAUCAGCUAG